AUGGACCAAAUGACUGGUAAAGGUUUGGCAUCGAUCAGUUCCAUCAACAUGUGCUUGCAGCACAAAGCUCUCUACUAUGUUGCCAAGAGCGUCAUCGAUGAGGAUUUGCAGGACAUCGCACGCCGCAUCGACACCUUUCCGGAAUUGUUUGCCAAGCUCAACGCCUUGGGCGGGAGAUGGGCAGCGCGUGACGUCGUUGUCGAACACACGCUCCAGGCGGAGACGCGAUUCAAGCAGACGGUCCUCGGACGAGGCAACGAGACUUUUGCCGAGGGCAUCAACCAGCCCAUUGUCGAUUAUUCAGAGGACCUGCUGAUCAUCGACGCGACCUUCGGGAUGGAUUGGGGCCAUACGACCUACAGAGCGCUAGGCCCACACUACACCAUCUUCUAUUCGCUCGACUUUGUCCAGCACUAUGUCAACGUAUCGUUGUGCUGCAAAACGCUUGGCUGGAUGGGCAUGGGCUGGCUCGAUCCAGCACGCGAAGGUGGCCCACUCAUGCAGGACACAGACAUGGUCGUCGCUUAUGUCAAGGAUGGCCAAGCAGGGAUAGAGGACCGCUUCGCCCGCUGGAUCGAAGAGCCACUCAAGGACGAGCUGCUGCAAGGACAGCGAUCCGACGACUUGGGGAAUCCGCUGAAUGGUGCCAACGAUCUUGAGCUCGUUCCAGGAGUGUUGGGCACAUCUGGAAAAGAGUGGUGCCCGGAUGAUGCAUGCAAUCCGGGAUUCAGUCUGGUGCAAUUCCGACGGAAGUUUAUGACGGAAGACAUCUCUGAUAUCGUUCUACCAGUCAAGGCCUCCAAGAUCGGUAUUAUCUUCUCUUUCGCCAAGACCGAUCCCUUCGAGACUUACUUGGAGCAGCAUUUGCCGACCUCCACCGGAUACAUUGACAUUGCCUGGAAUUUGGUCUGCGACCCGGGCUUGUACUUCGACAUCACGGUCACGGAGUGCAAACCUUGUGAGAAGGGCUUCUUCCGACCUGACAACACCUCGGUGUUUACCUGCCUCAGGGCACCGCCGGGGACCUUCCAGAAUGAGACGGGGCAGGCAAGCGCCAAGCCGUGCAAGCGGGGCUUCACCACCUUCACAGCGGGAGCCACGCAGGAGUUCGCUUGCGUCUGCCCGGGCCCUUCUUUGACAGUGCCCAGUGGGAGGUACCACGUUGACAUCUGCGGAGGUUCUUUCCGAAGGGUGCCGGAGUUUUGGCUCAGGUACUCCCAGGCAUCGGAUCCAGCUGUGAGAGAACGCAUCGCAGCCUUUUGCUCUUCGUAUGCCUUCGCUGACACGGAGGCCUGCACCUCCAGAGUGUACUGCGAGGCCAAUCUCGAGGACACAGCUUGUGACCACGCGCCCCCGAAGCUGCUUCCAGGCUACUGGUCCAGCCCAGACGACCCAUUGUCAGUGUACACCUGCGCGAGCGAGUUCCAUUGUCGUGGUGGCCCGCCGGGUGAGGUCUGCGCAAGUGGGCGUCGGGAUGUCGCCUGUGGCCUUUGCAAAGCAAACUACCACGGCGGCGACCAAGGAACCUGCAUCCCAUGCGAAUCCACGGACAUGGUGCCCGGGAUUCUCGCCUUGACUGCAUGUGUCCUCGUGGCCAUUGCUGUGUCCAUCAGGAUGCGAUCACACCUCACGAAGAAUUCCAAAGCGGUGCUGUCCUUGGGGAUCAUCCUCUCUCAAGCGGGAGUCUUGGUGCAGACACUUGGCGUCUUCUCUGACCUGACCAUGGUUUGGGAAGAGCCUGUGAAGACCCUUCUGGAGCUGAUGCAGCUGGUGAACCUGGUGGGAAACGAAGACCCGGCGCUCUCCGUGAUGAUGAUUCUGCUUACGCUGCCGGGGCUCUGCAUCCUGGGUGGUCUCAUGGGCUGGAUGCUGUCUCGCUACAAGGGCGAGUCCUUCAGCUGGCCGCGCUAUCUGAAUGUGGUGGGACUCUUGGUGAUGUUUGGCUACCUCGCGGUGUGCAUGGCCUUGUCUCGCCCGAUCCACUGCGUGUCGAACCCCAACGGCACCCAGAGCAUGAAAUCUUUCCCUGCCCAAGUUUGCUGGACUGAUUCUCACACGCCGGCGGCGAUUGAAGCGAUUUUCGGAUUGACGGUUUUUGGCUUGGGCUUUCUUGCGUACAUCAUGCAGGUGGUUUGGCGAUAUCCAUCUCUGGUGGACACUGGCCACGGGUUGAAGCUGCUGACACAGUAUCACUUCUUGUUCAACCGCUUCGGGAGCCACGCCUACUAUUGGGGUCCUUACUUCAUACUGCAGAAGCUACUUGUGGCGAUUGUGCCGAUCGUUUUUGCAGACAGCGCCAUCGUGCAGAUCAUGCUUCUGUCCCUGCUGAUGGUGAUCUACUUAGCGACCUGCUGCCACGUCAAGCCAUGGGCGACAGACUUGGCCAAUCUGGCGGACGUCUUCCUGAACAUGGGGCUGAUGCUGAUGCUGCUGAUAGCUGCCUUCCUUGCAGAUUCUGCCGGCCGAGACAGCAGGAGCAGACUAAGCGUCAUCCUCGUCAUCAUGCUCCUGAAAAUCUGCUUUGGCAUCGCCUCCUUGGCAGGCUACGCAGUCUACAAGAAGCUCUUCCCAGGCAAGAUGUACGACUACUUCCUCUGCCAUCACAAAGCAGGUGCGGGAACACUUUGCCGAUGGUUGAAGACUGAGAUGCUGAAACAGUCGAAGAACAGAGCAAAGGUCUUCCUGGACUCUGACGAACUUGAGGGAUUGGCAGACAUCGGUGAUAUUGUCAAGAGCCAGACUGGCACACUGGUCAUUGUUGCGACGAAAUCUGUGCUGUCCCGACCGUGGUGUGCCAUGGAAAUCACCAGCGGUGUCAACAACAAGAUCGACAUUGUGAUGGUAGAGUGCAACAACUUCAGCCACUACGACGAGGAAGGCUUUAGGGCCUUGCGUGAAGGCUGGGGCAGUGCCGACAUCAUGAUAUUCGCGCAGAAUGCAAUCGACCCCGGAGUGGUCGAGGAGUGCUAUCGGCGACUACAGUCUGUCACCAGGAUACCCUUCGAUUCCAAUGGGACCUUGCGAAAGCACCAAGAAGCUGUGGCCACCCUUUUGAAGCAGAAUCUCCCAAAGACGAACGAGGAGGCCGACAAGCAUGCCGAUGUCGUCAUCCUCGGUGCUGUGAGCAGCUCCGAAGGCAAAUUCACUUGCCAGGUGUUGGCUGACAAUGUCAUCCACCGCACUGCAAAAAAUGCAGUGUUGGUGUGCAGUUCAGAAGACGCGGUUCAAGCCAGUGCGACAGCCCAGUACAUGUUGGUGGUGUUGAGCGGCGGAAUUCUGCAGGAUGACACAUUCCUGGCCAUGCUUGAGGCUGUGGACACGGCUUUCACCGACCAACUGGAGAUUGUGAGCGCUAUUGCGGACCAGAGCUUUGAGUUCCCCUCCGCGAACUAUUUCCAGGCGCUAGUGGAGAAGGGCUCGAAGAACCUCGAGCAGUCAGUCCGACGAGUGGUGAACAUCCUGGCCCUGCCAUUUAGCCCACAAGUCUCGAGCAAGGUGCUCAGUGCACAGGCAGAUGAGCUUUGCCGACGAUUCCGCUUCAAG